AUACCUGUUCGCCUCGAGCAUUUCCCCUUCCUAUUGCAGAUCCCCCCCGACCGGAACAGUGUGACCAAACAACAAGUACAACACAUUCAAUAUGACUCGGUUCACUAUGGCUGCUGCCCUCCUUGGGUACGCUAGUACGGCCCUCGCUGACCUCCAGACCUGCGGUCAAGCACAGUACGACCCGGCUCAGUAUGUCUGCUGGGACAACCAGUUCCUCUGCCCCAUCAGCGCGGGCGAGCCGCUGUCCAACUGCGCCGGGGCAUGCUACAGCAAGUUCAUGUACACAUGCGCCAGCAACGUCCUGACGCUCCUGCCGCCCGUCGACGCACCCUUCACUCUCAGCGUUGACAACCCGAGCCUUCCCAUCCACGGCAAAGCCGUCACCGCGGCCGGGCAGCACUGGCUCCUCGACGGCGAGACAAGCAGUUACUGCCCGGAGCAGGUCGGCUCGGCCUGCCCGCCGGGCAACACCACCGUCAUCGUGGCGAGCGAGGGCCGCGCAGCCAUGAGCGUCAUGGUCCCCGGCGGCCAGCAAGCGUACCUGGACCCGUACUGGAACAUGGCUUACACCCAAGCGCACUCGGCCUACAUCCCGUCCGGCAGCAUCACGACCGGCCUUGUCGCCUACCAGGGCGGCGGCUUCAUCAACCUCAACGGCAACGGCUGGGGGUGGGUGGCCUGCCCGCCGAGAGCCUCGGGUCCCGCCGGCACGGCCUGGAACUUGGUGGCCAAGAAUAUGACGAAUGCCUACAUGCUCAACGAGUGCUCGGCGGUCAACCUCAAGGUCAACGUUCUGCCCGGCGGCACGGUUGGCGCUUGGCAGUACACCUAGUGUCCGUUCUCCGUUUUGGUUAAAGCGGGAGUAUAGGUAGGCAGGGCAUGGUUUUGAAACAUACUCUAGAGUAGAAGCAGUAAUUUG